CCCGCAGAUACCAACCUUCUUUCACCUUCUUCUUCUUCUGAAAAUUUCUAUAAAAUUCGAGCCUUUUGUAAUUGUUUAAUUGACUUUUUUUUUCUUCCUUUUUGGUAAUAAUUAAUUGAGAGAGGGAUUUGGUGAUGGAUAUUGAGGAGAUGGGAAAAUUUGGAGAGAAUUUUGAAUAUAAUGAAAUUGCAACUACUUUGGAUUUUGGUUUUGGUAGUUCCAAUAUUGCUUCCACUUCACAUCUUAUUUUUCCUUCAUUUAAUAAUAUCCCACCAACCACUCUUUCUAUGAAUAACGCCACUCACCCUGUUGCACCGCCGUCUUUUCCGCCCUAUUCCGCCGCUGCCCGGUGGAGAGCCCAUUUUCCAGCCACCCGCAAUUCCGGCACGACGGGGGAGGAGGAAGUGGAAGGAUCGGAAUCAGAAUCAAUGGGCGGAGGGAUGAGAGAGAUGAUAUACAGAAUAGCAGCAAUGCAGCCAAUAGAGAUAGACCCAGAAGCAGUGAAGGCACCAAAGCGACGGAAUGUUAAGAUUUCAAAAGAUCCACAGAGCGUAGCGGCAAGGCAUAGAAGAGAGAGAAUUAGCGAAAGAAUCAGAAUCCUUCAAAGAAUAGUCCCAGGUGGCACCAAAAUGGACACCGCUUCCAUGUUAGACGAAGCCAUUCAUUACCUUAAGUUUUUGAAAAACCAACUCCAUUCACUCCAAAUCGCCGCCGCCUCCUCCUCCUCCUCCGCCUACGUCUUUCCCACCGUCGCUCAUUAUAAUAAUAAACAACACUUGAUCCACUUUCCUCAAUUCCCAACUCAUCCACAUCACCACCUGGACCAAGAUGCUUGAUUUUCUUUUUUCGUUUACGAUGAUUGGCCGGUAGAGUUCCAAAAUUUGAUAAGAUUUGUAAGAUCGUCACUCACAUGCAGUGACGAGGUUUCAUGAAAGAGACAUCUCUUGUACUCUAACUGUUUGAGAAAAACUUUUAUGUCUCAUGACAAUUUUUGUUUC